GGGGAGGGACAGAUGACAAGCUCCUUUAACUAAAGCUGCUCAGGAGGUGAGUAUCACUGCAGACUCAGAAAGAGGUGUUAUUUACCUCUUUUUGUGGAUUUUUAAAAUUGUGUUUGGAACAAAGUGCUAGAGACUUUGAAGUGAACAAUUUUUUUAUCAGAUGGGACUGAAGAGAAACAAUCAAGACUGUUGACAACAUCAAGAUAUGUGAUGUACUCUGUACAGCUUGUAAGAUGUCCUCCAGCUUUUUAUCAGCAAGGACUGAAGUGAAACUGUCUGAACUUUUUGCAACAUCAAGGUAACACUGGACUACCCUCUGCAACCUGGAAUUAAAGGGACUUUUUCAGAAAUGGAUGCUAGAAAGAAACACUUUUACCUUGUUGAUUUGUUAGCUUAAAUACAGGAAUUAUUUUGUUAGCGGCAGCACUUAUUCCCGGAGACGAGCACAAGCUGGGAUCAUGUCAAACUCCAGAGAGCAGAGUCUGGAUGAGAAUGUGGUUUUCCUACCAGUGGAUGAAUCCAAUCCAGAGUUCCUCCACAGUGAGAGGGAGCGUGAGGCAGUGGAGAGACUCCUGAGUGAAGGCCCCGAGGCUUUCUACGGCUCCAUCGGCUCUGAGCUAUCCCGCUGCUUCUUAUCUCCUGAGGAGGUGAACCAGAUUAACAGCUGGGCUCAGAAAUACCAGUUCAAUCAGGUGGAAGAGCAGAACGGCGAGGAAAAUAGCUGCGAGUCAGAGGAUUUCUAUUCCACCUACUCUCCGUGCAACUCGGACAAGCCGAUCCCGGACCUGGACCUCGGCUGGCCGAACAGGUCCCCCUGGAUGCUGGGCAAUGGGAGUGUGGCGAUCCACACAAGUCCCUCUAUGGAGGGAACGCCGCCUGUCAGAGAGGUCAUCAGAUGGCACCUUCAAAAUGCCCAAAAGGUAAUUGCCAUAGUGGCAGACAAGCUGACAGACAAUGUGAUAAUCAGCGAUCUACACGCCCGUGCCUCCCGAGGUGUCCCUGUCUAUAUCAUCCUGAACCAAAGGUCUCUUCAGGAGAAUUUCACUCUGAACAAGCUCAGGCAUCCGAACAUGCGGGUCAGACUUCUCAGGGGGAAAACGUUUUGCUCCAGAACAGGAAGAAUGGUGGUUGGGGAAAUGAGGAGCAACUUCCUCCUGCUGGAUUUAGAGACAGUGAUUCACGGCAGCUACAACCUCACAUGGAUGGACGCCCACCUCCACCGGCAGCUCAUCACCGUUCUGAGAGGACCAGUUGUAGAUCAGUUCGACCAGGAGUUCAGGGUCCUGUUUGCUGCUUCUGUCCCAGCCCCUGACUUAUGGAGGGUGUCAGGGGCUGACAUGACAGCAAAGUCCCCUCAUCAGACCACAGACUUCUCCGAUUUCAGGUAUCAAAGGUCUGAGCAGCCUGAGAUUACAAACCCUCCAUCACCACCUGCAGAUGCCUUCUUGGACUGGGAGGCAAUGGGGGUCAUCCAUAAAGACAGCAGGAUCCACGACAGUCCUCUGGACCUGAGCAAGGAACAUAAUAAAAGUGAAGGCACCAUGGACAGAGAUGUCUACACCAGCCACCUAACUGGAGAGAAGAUGAGGAUUAAUGAAAACGCAUCUGCAGAGAAGCCCAGGCUGUCAGAUAAUUCAGUAACUUUCAGCGCUGCGUCAUCCUCAUCAAACAUAUCAGCUACUGAAAGAAUAUUAAGGUUGGAGAGAAAAGUAGAAAAGCAAAUUUUCUGUGAGCUCGCUGCAGAACAUGGCACUAAUUUACACGAGAGCAUCAGAACAAAAGCGGAUAAAGCCGAGCCGGUUUACCCUCCAGCUGGCAGGAAGCAGCUCUUAAGCUCCGUGAAUGAAGUCACCACUGAGGAGAACAAGCCAGCUUCAAGAAAACCCUUAAUUCUGAAAGUUCCAGGCUCUGAGGACUUCAGCUCUGUGAGCGACAUCAUGAGGAGGAUGAAACUGGGAACAACAGACCUGCUCAGGAGAGGAAAAGGUUCUACAAUGUCAGAGCGGACCCAGUCCAUGAUGGACCUGAUGGAUCCCAGCUCUGGUUUAGGUUACAAAGGACAACAGGAGCGCUCGGUGCCGAGGUUCCAGGGCAACCUGGACCCAGAUCACAUGACUCCUGCUUUGGCUUUGAUGACGAAGAGGAACAAUGAAUCCCUUUCUUACCUAAACCGACCCCCUAAACUUUUCCCUCAUUUAAGACCCCAAAACUCCACUAAUGACCACAUUAACCGGCGGUGGUCCCUAGCAGAAGUGAAGGAGUAUAAAUGAUGAGCGAGGACAUUGGGGACUUUCUGCAGCUGCACUCAGCUGACUCAUAUUUAUGUAGAAAAAAAUUGCUGUAAAUAACUUACAAUUCUGACAGUGAUCACUAUUGAACUUGUUAGCUGUUUAAAUGAUGGAAAACUGUGAAUGUUUUUUUCUUUUUUGUGUGAAAUAAAGUUGGAGAAUGGAGGUCAAUUAAAGAUUUUUAAAAGUUAGUCAACAACAAAUUGAGUGGAAUAAACACUUUCAGUUGGAAGCCAACAUUAAAUAAUCAGAUGUAAUGUCAAAAUCACUGAAAAUCCAAGAAAACACGAAUCUUGUUGUUAGUCAAGAGGAUAAAUGAGCUUAAAGUCAAACCAUAAAGGCGACCAAGUCAAAUACAUGCUACAAAAUAUUUUUAUAUGAACAAAUCCCCAAAGUUAAACAAGCAUGUUUUUAAAGGUGCUGAUCACUCGUUUAAUGAACAUUUGCAGUGCUCUCUAGUAGGAAUGAAUGUCUUGCAAGUCGUCCUCGGAGGAAAAAUAACCCAGAACCCCCUGGAUCAGCACGGACAAGGCCCAAUCCCAAUACUUGCACUGCACCCUACCCUUCUAUGAAGUGUGUAUAAAGCUUUUGUGUAAGGCAAGAGCGUGGUACACAGGUGUGCAAAUAAUUGCCAAAUUGGGACAGGGAGCAUUGCGUCAUCGACCACAACACAUGCCGCGAUGCUGGUCGCGGUGCAACUUUUUUUUUAAACUUUGACAACUUUUAAAUGUAGCUCAUCCCCACCCGUGUGUGAGUGUGUGUAUAAGUGGAUGACUGAUUGUGUUGUGAAGGUGCUAUACAAAUACAAGCCAUUUACCUUACAUCCAUACAUCCGUUUUCUUCACCCGCUCAUCCUCACAGGGUUGCGGGGGUCUGGUGCAUAUCUCCAGCAGUCUUCGGGCAUGCAGGCGAGGUACAACCUGGACAGGUUGCCAGUCCAUCGCAGUGCAACACAGGACAAACAAUCAAGCGCACACACACACACACACACACACACACACACACACACACACACACACACACACACACACCUAAGGACAAUUUAGAGAGACCAAUUUCCCGUACGGUCAUGUUUUUGGACUGUGGGAGGAAACCGGAGUACCCGGAGAGAUCCCACGCAUGCACAAGGAGAACAUGCAAACUCCAUGCAGAAAGUCCCCAGUUUGGGAUUUGAACCCAGGAUCUUCUUGCUGCAAGGCAACAGCGUUAACCACUG